GUGAUUAGUUCCUAAAGUAGGCGGGGUCAUAUCUAUUGUGGGAGUGGCUUUAAAAUGGAUUUCAAGAAUCCAAUGAGAAAGUUCAAAAUAGUGUUCCUUGGAGAAGAGGCUGUUGGAAAAACAUCAAUAAUCACCAGAUUUAUGUAUGACACAUUUGACAGCAAUUACCAGGCAACGAUUGGAAUCGAUUUCCUUGCAAAGACAAUGUACCUUGAUGACAGAAUGGUAAGGUUACAAUUAUGGGAUACAGCAGGUCAAGAAAGGUUCAAAGCUCUUGUACCAGCUUACAUCAGAGAUUCGGCCAUUGCAAUUGUUGUAUACGACAUUACAAAUUCUGCUUCAUUUGAUGCUGUUGAUCAAUGGAUUGAAGACGUUAGGGCAGAAAGGGGCGAUGACGUUGUUAUUGUUUUAACUGGAAACAAACUGGACUUGGAAGAUAGAGUCAUUUCAACUGAAAAAGGCGAAAGCAAAGCAAAAGAAUUAAAUGUUAUUUUUGUGGAGACAUCAGCAAAAAGUGGAGCCAACAUCAAACAAUUGUUUAAAAGAGCUGUCCUUGCCUUACCUUCAAUGGAGAUUGAAGAGGAGGAGGAGGAAGAAAAUAAGAAAGAAGAUAUUGUUCAAGUGACUCCGGUUGAAGAAGAGAAAGAUCAAUCCACUGUGUGUUGGUGCUAAAUGGGAUCCAUUGCUCUACUGGCAUGACAUACCAUUAAAGGAUAAAGUCUCAUCUUGUUCUUGUCGCUACCAAGUCUCUCAUCCCACUUUCCACAAAACUUUUUUUGUCACCUCAAAAAAUUCGAAUUUUUUAUAUAUUAUACGCGAGGAAUUAGAAUAAAACUACUGUAAAAUAAUGUUAAUUAAUAAUAAAUCAAAUAUUAUAAAGUCACAUGGUCACACAAAACAGUUUCAUUAUUGCAAGUAUUUGUUAUUCUUUCUUUCUUGUCUCUCUCGGACCUUUAAAUCCAUCCAAUA